AAAGUGCGUUGGAUGGGGCCCGGGAGCUCUGAAAUUGAAGUAGGGGCCGAUCUACUGAGGGGAGCGGUGAUCUGGCGCUUCAAUGCGUUUUGUCGGGGGUCCUAAGGAAUCAGAGGCCAACCAGGUGACCGAAGGGGAGAGAGAGCACCGCAGACAGACUGCCGAUGGCCGACGAUGAGAUCUGGUCGGACUGCAGGUGUCCUUCCCUCUCUGUCUGUUUGUCAGCGGCCAAGGAUGACACGAGGGCAUGGCUGAGUGAAUGAGGGGGGUCAUCUGGCAGGUCUUAUGUGCGGUGAGCCGCGUGGGUGCGGUGCCAGAAGGGACGACACUGCAGAUAACUCAUUGCCUUCUCUCCCUUGUGUAUGUCACUUAUGUGUUCAGCCUUGGUCGUGGACACGUGGCGCAGUCCAGCCGACGUGGGAGUGAGUGCGUCCAUGAGGCGGCCGAGCAGAGCGCUGUGAGCGGCGCAGCGACAGACGUCGACGGACGGCUGUCAUUUGCCCGGUGAGAGAUCCAUCCGAGAGUGACAAAGACCUGCCGGUUUGCAAUGUUUGUGUAUGUUUGUUGCAGGUCUGUCUGUCUGGUGAUGUGUCUGCCGACGCCGCUUCACCAGGCGCUCUCGGAGCGUUGUCAUCGCCCCCUUGCUGACUGGUGGCGGGGCGGCCUCACUGUGUGGCGUCGUUAAUGCCUGGAGCUCCGGCAACAGUACGCUCAG